CUCUACCACUAGCUGCAGUCUUCCCACUUACUAGCCAUGUCACUCUUCCGCCAAGCCUCCAGCUCUCUGCGUCUCCUUCGCACACCUGCCACCUCCUCCUCUCUGCUGCAAGCACCAGCACAGCGCUCCCUCUUCCACACCACCUCUCUCCGCCUCGCCCUCUCCGCCGAUGCGCGCAAGAAGAUCGAUGCGGCAGUGCAGGGUAACCCAUUGGUGGUGUUCAUGAAGGGCACACCAGAGCUGCCCAUGUGUGGUUUCAGCAGGGCGGUAUGCCAAAUUAUGGAGGUGCAGGGAGUCAAGCCCGAGGUCAUGAAGACAUAUAACUGCCUUGACGACCCAGAGCUCAGAGAGGGCGUAAAGGAGUACAGCAGCUGGCCCACCAUUCCCCAAGUAUACGUUAAUGGUGAAUUCGUAGGAGGUUGCGACAUCAUGCUUAGCAUGCACCAAUCGGGCGAGCUGGAACAAGUGUUGGAAAAGGCAGGCGUUCUCUCACCUCUGCCGCCCCCGAGCGAGGCUCCCAAGGCUUAAGAAUGUCGUGAUAAUGUGAAAUCAGCAGGGAGUCUGUCCCGCUCGAUGCAAGAUCAAAAGGCACAGCGAAAUGAGGCUGAUGAGAGGAAGGACGACGAUGCCGUGGGAGGGGUGCAGGUGGAGAUGUGGACAAUCGGAGGAAGUACAUCUCACUACUCAGGGACUGAUGCUCAGCUGUUGGAUGAAUAGAGGCGUAGGCAUGGGACGCUCUCACGCUUUCUCCUUCUUGCUAAUAUAUGUGCUUGCAUAAAGUACACUACAAGGAGCGAAAUCAGCGUGCGCGUGCGUGAAC